AGAUUCCAUGGCUUCUGAAAAUUAUGAUUAGCCCUCAAUCCCUUGUUUUGAUAGUCAUCAUUAUGACCAUUGGAAUAUGUUGAUGGAGAAUUUUCUUUGGUCCAAAGAGUAUUGGACAGUUGUUGAAGUUGGUGUUCCAGAACCAACGGCAGGUGCAGAUGCUGCACAAAGGGCAGAAAUUGAGAAGGAAAAGUUGAAGAAUCUCAAGGUUAAGAACUAUUUGUUCCAAGCUAUAGAUCGGGCUAUCUUGGAAACAAUUCUUAACAAGUCUACUUCCAAGACUAUUUGGGAUUCCAUGAAGAAGAAGAUGAUGGAAAUUGAAAACAAGAUGAGGAUCCAUGGUGAAAAUCUGGAAGAUGUUGCCAUAGUUGAGAAAAUUCUUCGGUCUAUGACAACAAAAUUCAGUUAUGUUGUCUGUUCAAUUGAAGAGUCAAAUGAUAUUGAGGCACUUUCCCUUGAUGAGUUGCAGAACUCAUUGUUAGUUUAUGAGUGGAAGAUAAACCACCAAGGCAAGCAAGAUCAAGCAUGUCGUGCUAAUCUAAAUAGAGAAGAAAGUUCUAACUUUGCAGAACACAAUGAGAAGAAUGACGAUGCCUUUCUAUUCAUGGUCUAUCAUCCGAAAGAAGUCAGUAAGAAGAAUGUGUGGUAUCUGGAUACUGGCUGUAGCAACCAUAUGUGUGGAGACAAAUUUGCGUUUUUAGAUCUGAAUGAGUAUUUUGAAAACAAGGUGAAAUUUGGUGAUAAUUCUACUGUUGUAGUCAAGGGAAAGGGAAAGGAGAAAGGAUAUGAAAUCCUGAUUAAAGAUGGAGUUUGCCAAGUUCGUGAUUCAAAGCUUGGCUUGAUUGCAAAGGUCAAGAUGACUGGAAACAGUAAACAGCACUGUGACAGCUUUCCUAAAGACAGAUCUUUGAGAGCCAAAUGGGUGCUAAGUCUGGUUCAUUUUGAUCUGUGUGGACCCAUAAAUCCAACAUCCAAUGGAGGUAAACAAUACUUUAUUACCUUUGUUGAUGAUUACAGUUGCAAAACAUGGGUGUAUUUUUUGCAGACUAAGUCAAAAGCCUUAACAGCCUUUAAAAAUUUCAAAGUUUUGGCUGAGAAUGAGGCUGGCAGAUUUGUAAAGGUUCUUCGCACAGAUCGUGGUGGUGAAUUUAAUGUAAAGGAAUUUGCAGGUUUUUGUGAGUCUAAUGGUAUUAAAAGGCAACUCACAGUAGCCUAUACACCUCAACAGAGUGGUGUAUGUGAAAGGAGGAAUCACACAAUCAUAAAUAUGGUGCGAAGUCUGAUAUCAAAGAACGGCUUGCCUAAGGAGUUUUGGCCAGAAGCUGUUAAUUGGAGUGUUCAUAUCUUGAACAGAAGUCCCACAUCUCCACUUCUAGAUAUUAUGCCAGAAGAGGCUUGGAGUGGACGCAAACCUGCUGUUGACUAUUUCAAAAUUUUUGGGUGCAUAGCAUAUGCACAUGUGCCAAAUCAAAAAAGGAGUAAGUUUGGUGACAAAGGGGGAAGGUGUAUUUUCCUUGGUGUGAGUGAUCAGUCCAAAGCUUACAGAUUAUACAAUCCUAUAACCAAGAAGGUCAUCAUUAGUCGUGAUGUAGUGUUUGAUGAAGCAAGCACUUCGUCUUGGACAGAAAAAUCUGGGCGACAAAUUCUUGCAGAUUUUGAAAAUGGAGAAGAUCUAACUGUGCAGAAAUCUGGAGGUCAGAUGCAGCAGAAUAGAGGUUUAACUUCAGCAGACCUCAAGGCUUCAAGAAAGGUAGAAGAGGAAAGUCUGCCUGUAGCAGAACACAAUACUAGAGGAAAUUGUGAUCCUUUGACAUAUGAAGAGGUUGUUAAAGAAGAAAAGUGGCAAAAAGCCAUGGCAGAAGAAAUUGUUGCAAGGAUGGACACCAUCAGAUUGGUGAUUGCAUUGGCAGCACAGAACUCAUGGCCGAUCUACCGGCUUGAUGUGAAAUUAGCCUUCUUGCAUGGAGAUCUGCAAGAACAUGUAUUUGUUGAUCAACCUCCUGGUUAUGUGAAAUUUGGUUUUGAACAUAAGGAAGGUUUUCAAAAGUGCCCUUAUAAGCCUACACUUUACAUCAAAUUUGGAGAUGGAGGUAAAUUGAUUAUUGUAGGCUUAUGUGUUGAUGAUAUAAUUUAUACUGGGAAUGAUUUUGGCAUGUUGGAAAAGUUCAAGCAAUCUAUGAAGCUUGAAUUUGAUAUGACAGAUCUGGUUAACAAAGAAGUGAAGCUUAUGAAAGAUCCAGGUGGCAGAUUUGUGGAUGGCAAAUUGUAUAAGCAGAUUGUUGGAAGUAUGAUGUAUCUGACAGCAACAAGACCAGAUAUAAUGCAUGGUGUAAGUCUGAUUAGCAGAUAUAUGGAGCAUCCAAAGGAGUUGCACUUGCAGACUGCUAAAAGAAUUCUUAGUUUCAUGGUCUUCAACGAAGCAACCCAUUGUGACUUUGUCUACAAUAGAAGCAGGGUAUGUGGCAGCAACUUCAUGUGCUUGUCAAGCUGUUUGGUUAAGAAGAAUUCUGGAAGAACUUAGAAUGAAUCAACAUGAGGCCA